AUGAACAUACUCUUUGAAGUAUCCCUUGAAAACCACUGGAUAGCAUCAGCCACACAAAGGGGCGUUGGUGUGAAUUGUCUCUUGCUGUGUGCACAUGGUGCGGACCAAACAAACUACGUCCCAGGAGCCUACAGAAAAGUGGUGGCUUCUCGAGCCCCCAGGAAGGUGCUUGGCUCCUCCACCUUUGCCACCAAUUCUUCAUCGUGUUCGUUGAGAAAAGCUGAAAAUAAGUAUGCAGGAGGGAAUCCAGUUUGUGUGCGUCCAACUCCAAAGUGGCAAAAAGGCAUUGGAGAAUUUUUCAGGCUGUCUCCUAAAGAUCCUGAAAAAGAGAACCAGGUUCCUGAGGAAGCAGGAUGCAGUGGCUUAGGAACAUCGAAAAGAAAAGCAUGUCCUUUGCAACCUGAUCACCCAGAUGACAAAAAUGAAUAG